AUGUUUAACAACAAUCGUCGCACAAGUUCGUCUCCCAGUGACCGACUACGAACAAAAAGUCGUUCACCAUCUCGAACACAGUUAAACAUGAAUACAAACGAAGAACGACCACGACGCGCGAAAACAUCCUCUCAUACAUCCAAAAACAAUAGCCGAGAAGCUACUUCAGUGAAACGCUCGGCUAGCUCGAAAGUGAAUCGAACGACCAAUGCAACGUCGGCCAAAUUGAAAAAAUCGGCAUCAAAUGCGAAAACUCCCAUAUCGAUAUCGCCAAAAGCAAAAUCACCAUCAAAUCGCAAAGGUGGAUCGAAAGCGAAGAAAAGCGUUCCUAAUGAAUCCGAUAGCCAAGAAAUAGUGGAGCCAAACAAUGCAGAAAGACAAGAUCUUACGUCGCAUGGUCUUUCCAUCGUACCAUCGGAAAUCUUUGAUCUUGUUACUCUUCGUCGAUUGAUCAUAUCGAAUAAUAAUAUUUCAAGUUUACCAUCAACCAUUCGUUCUUUGGUCAAUCUUGAAUAUCUCGACAUCUCACGUAAUCCAUUACGUGUGAAAAAUGGUAUUGACGAUUAUUCAUGCAUUCCCCGAGAAUUUACCUCAUUGAGAAACCUUCAUACAUUGAUUAUGGCUGAAUGCACGUUGAAACAUAUUCCAAUAGCCGUAUGGAAUACGCCAAAUAUUGAAAUACUUGAUAUAAGUCGAAAUAAAGUCGGAUACAUCGUUGGUGAUAUUGGUAAUCUUGCAAAUGUUCGACAUCUUCGUCUAUCUCAAAUGGAUCUGGAUACACUACCACCGGAAAUAGGAUUCUGUGAUAAACUUCUAACGAUCGAUUUAACUGGAAAUCCAAUUGAUACGCUACCUGAAACGCUAGUCGAAUGUCGACUAUUGUAUCAGUUUAACAUCAACUACAAGACAUUCUAUCGUUUAUUGGAUAAUUACAUGUUGGAGUUAAUCGACGAAGGUAAAAUCCGUUCGGAACAUAUUCCACAAGUUAUUUUCGAACUCGAAGGUUUACUAACAUUAGAUUUAAACUAUACGAAAUUAAACUCGGUUCCUAACGAACAAGCUUUAUUGAGUCUGAACGAACUAUAUCUAGCACACAAUUCAUUUACAGACAUACCUGAAGCAAUCGCUUCAAUGCAUCAAUUGAAAUUGCUCGAUAUGUCACACAAUCGUCUUCAGCAAAUACCGGAACAUUUCCUCAAAAUAAAACGUUUAGAAACAUUCAUUCUUUCACAUAACAAUUUCACGCAUUUACCGAGUAGCAUCGCUCGUGUGUCAACAUUAAAGAAGCUCGUUAUGAAUCAUAAUCAGAUUGACAAGAUCGAACAUGGCCUAUCCGAAAGUGAAUCACUAACAGCAUUGGAUCUUUCGUAUAAUAAAUUAACGUAUCUUCCCGAUGAAAUUUGCUAUCUGAAACAAAUCGAAACACUUGAUUUACGAUAUAAUCAGUUGACCUCUCUUCCAUUAUCCAUUCGUCGAAUGAUUCAUAUCAAAUCGAUGCAUACAUUCGACGAUCGCUUUCAACGCAUUGGUCUUCAUUUAUCUGGUAAUGCCAUCGAUGACCCUCCGAGCGUCAUAUGGAAAACAACGGAUGUUCGAACUCUGUUCAAUUAUAUGGAAACAAAGGAGAAGCUUCUUUCAAACAAUUUCUAUCAUAUGAAACUGAUUCUUCUCGGACCGAAAAAUGUGGGUAAAACAACAUUUACGAUGAAACUCAUCAACAAUCAUACAGUAGUUUCGACUACGCGAAAAACGCUCGAUAUGUACCUAACAAAUUUACAAGACAAACAAAUAGACCUUGUGGAGCAAAGUAGUCAACAACACUCGAGUGAUCACGGUUCCACGAUAUUUCCUGUUCAACAAAAUGAGAAGCGCAUAUCAACCAAUAGCGAAAACUUUCUUACUAGAACGGAAAAGAUCAAACGACUAUAUCCACCACCAUUAGAAACUUAUCGUUCGAAAGAUUUCUUCGAAAUCUAUCUAAACAAGUCCACAUUAAUUACAAAAAACAAUCUCCACUGCACAAUAUUCGAUGUGACAAGUGAGCCGAGUUUCGAAAUAUUGAAUCCAUUACUGUAUGACUCAAAUGCUCUGUUUGUUAUUCCCGUUAAUUUAACUAAUCUAUUAAAUAUCAUCGAGUCACUCGAUGAAAACGAAAACAGCAAUCCGAUUAUUGACUACGAUGCUCUGUUAACAAACGAAUGGUUAUAUAUUCAUAUCUUUCGUUACAUUGAAUCGAUAUCUGAUCAUUGCUCGCAGGCAGCUAUUGCUAUUGUCGGUUUCCUCAAAGAUUGUCAAAAUCGAUCGAGCACUGAUCAACAACAACAACUUCUCGAUGAAAUUCACUCGAAGAUCAAUAUGUUUCUAACUGAUGAAGAAAAUCAACGGACAAACGUUGCUUUAUAUUCCGAACUAUUCCCGGAACCGAUUCACUUGGAUAACAAUGAUAUAUCCUAUGUGAUUGAAAGAUUCGAAAGCAUAGCUCAACAAUGGAAUAUUGUACAUCGCAAGGGAAAACAACAGGCGCUAAAACGUCGUUUAGGAUUUCUUGGACAAGAAUUGUCAACAAUCGAUUACGAGACAGGUUUGAAACGUUUUCAGAAAAGUUCGGGAAACUUCUCAGAGUCAUCGGAAUACGAAUCAGAAGUUCAAGAAAGUACAAAAAUCGAAGAAGAAAAUGACAAAGAAAAGGAUGAAUUCAUUGAAAGUGAAAUCGAUCAAAUGACUUUCGACGAAUGUCUGAUUUAUUUACAGACUACCGGUGACAUCCUCUUCUUUACUCAAGGUACUCAAACGAUUAUACUAAUAAAGCCUUAUUAUCUGUUGAACAAGAUAUUUGCGCGUACGAUAUUUCGUCCAGAUCUUGAGCAAUGGUUAGACUACGAUGAAAACAUGAUAUUUCACUUCGGUGGGUACUAUUCAACAGAAGAGUCAUUUCAACUAGACUGUCAUCGUUUGCUAACACGCGGCGAAUACACAUGGAAAAUUCUUCAUGUUCUAUUCAAUGAACAAAACACUAAUCCUGAGAGCUUAGUUGAUCAGAUAAUCAUUGACUACUGUCGUUUAAUGGAAUGUUUGCAUCUUGGUUAUGUUAGUGAAUCGAAUUUCAACUAUCAGGAAUUUUCCACAUUCGGUUUUGUUUCUCCAUGGCUAAUGCGAGAGAAAUCCGAAGAUAUCGAUGGAAAAGAAUAUUUCAAACUACUCGAACAAAAUCGAAUCUACGAAAAUCUUAAACGCGAACGAACACGCAAAAUUAAACAGCAACAGUUAUGGUUUGCAACUGACAUUCGCCAAGCACACAUUCCAAAUAUGAAUUUAAUUGAAGAAAGUUCGAAAAAGUCGCUUGACGAACAACAAUAUCAAAUACAGAUCGAAGAUCUACCACUUAUCGAUGAAAUUCAAAUAGCUGAAUCUCAAAUUCUCAGUCCAGAUCCUAUUCAAAAACUGAAAAUUUUCAAUGGAAAAUCGAAUUUUCUACCUCUGGGUCUCUACGAAAGAUUAUUGAUCUGUUUGCAUGAGUUAUUCUACGAACGACUGGACUAUCAAAAUGUCACGGUCGGUAGAACAUCCAACAAGCAUUUAAUCAAAAUCAAUCGUUCUGAUACUCAAACAGAAAUUCAACUGACAAUCAGUCAAAGUGUUCGCGAACAAAUUCAAACUCUUCUUACUCAAAAUCUCUUCCCAGCCUAUCCGACUCUGAAUCUCCGAAUAGAAACAUAA